AUGGGUCACCAGGGCAUGUUCUGCUUCCCCCUGGGGCUCCUGUGUGGCUCUCUGCUCUUGGUGGCCUCGGCCCCGGCCGCUCUCGAGCCUCACAGCUGCAGUGACAAGGAACAACAGGUGACCGUCAGCCACACCUACAAGAUUGAUGUGCCCAAGUCCGCCCUGGUCCAGGUGGAGGCUGACCCUCAGCCCCUCGGGGAUGAUGGGACCUCGCUCCUAGCCCUGGGGGAGGCCGAGGAACAGAAUAUCAUCUUCAGACACAACAUCCGCCUGCAGACACCGCAGAAGGACUGCGAGCUGGCGGGCAUUGUCCAGGACCUACUGGACCGGGUGAAGAAGUUGGAGGGCGAGAUGGCGGAGGUGAAGGAGCGGUGUGACGUCCAGCGUUGCUGCCAAGGAGCUGCCGGUCCGAGCGGCCCCUGCAGCGGCCACGGGACCUUCUCGCCGGAGACCUGCAGCUGCGGCUGCGAGCAGGGCUGGGAGGGCGCGGCCUGCGAGGUGCCCGCCUGCCCGGCGAACUGCAGCGGGCGGGGCGUGUGCGUGCGCGGCCGCUGCCUGUGCCACGCGGACUUCACGUCGGAGGACUGCAGCGAGCGGCGCUGCCCCGGCGACUGCAGCGGCCACGGCUUCUGCGACACGGGCGAGUGCUACUGCGCGGAGGGCUUCGCGGGCCCGGACUGCGCGCAGGUGGUCGCGCCCCAGGGCCUGCAGCUGCUCAGGAGCACGGAGGAUUCCCUGCUGGUGGGCUGGGUGCCCUCCAGCGAGGCGGACCACUACCUCCUCAGCUACUCCCCGCUGGGGAAGGAGCUCUCGGGCAAGCAGAUCCAGGUGCCCAAGGAGCAGCACAGCUACGACAUCCUGGGCUUGCUGCCGGGCACCAAGUACGUAGUCACCCUGCGCAACGUGAAGAAGGACGUGCCCAGCAGCCCCCAGCACCUGCUGGCCACCACCGAUCUUGCUGUGCUUGGCACCGCCUGGGUGACCGACGAGACGGAGAGCUCCCUGGACGUGGAGUGGGAGAACCCCCCGACGGAGGUGGACUAUUACAAGCUGCUGUACAGCCCCCUGACAGGGCAGGAGGUGGCCGAGGUCACCGUGCCCAGGAGCAGCGACCCCAAGAGCCGAUACGACAUCACCGGCCUGCAGCCCGGGACGGACUAUAAGAUCACCAUCGUCCCCAUGAGAGGAGACCUGGAGGGCAAGCCGAUUCUCCUGACCGGCAGGACAGAAAUCGACAGCCCCACCAAUGUGGUCACUGACCAAGUGACAGAGGACACGGCGGUGGUGUCCUGGGAGCCCGUCCAGGCCGUCAUCGAUAAGUACGUGGUGCGCUACACCUCCGCGGACGGGCAGGCCAGGGACACAGCGGUGCCGCGGGGGCAGAGCAGCACGGUCCUCACGGGCCUGGCACCCGGGGAGGCGUACACGGUGCACGUCUGGGCCGAGAGGGGCGGCCAGGACAGCAGGAAGGCCCACACCACGGCCCUGACAGACAUUGACAGCCCCCGACACCUGGUGACCGACCGGGUGACGGAGACCACGGCCACCAUCUCCUGGGCCCCGGUGCAGGCCGUCAUCGACAGGUACAUGGUGCGCUACACGUCCGCGGACGGAGACACCAGGGAGGUCCCGGUGGGGAAGGAGCAGAGCAGCACCGAGCUGAUGGGCCUGAGGCCGGGCGUGGAGUACACGGUGCACGUGUGGGCCCAGAAGGGGGACCGGGAGAGCAAGAAGGCCGACACCACGGCCCCCACAGAAAUUGACAGCCCCCGACACCUGGUGACCGACCGGGUGACAGAGACCACGGCCACCAUCUCCUGGGCCCCGGUGCAGGCCGUCAUCGACAGGUACAUGGUGCGCUACACGUCCGCGGACGGAGACACCAGGGAGGUCCCGGUGGGGAAGGAGCAGAGCAGCACCGAGCUGACGGGCCUGAGGCCGGGCGUGGAGUACACGGUGCACGUGUGGGCCCAGAAGGGGGCCCGGGAGAGCAAGAAGGCCGACACCACGGCCCCCACAGACAUUGACAGCCCCCGACACCUGGUGACCGACCGGGUGACGGAGACCACGGCCGCCAUCUCCUGGGCCCCGGUGCAGGCCGUCAUCGACAGGUACAUGGUGCGCUACACGUCCGCGGACGGAGACACCAGGGAGGUCCCGGUGGGGAAGGAGCAGAGCAGCAUCGAGCUGACGGGCCUGAGGCCGGGCGUGGAGUACACGGUCCACGUGUGGGCCCAGAAGGGGGACCGGGAGAGCAAGAAGGCCGACACCACGGCCCCCACAGACAUUGACAGCCCCCGACACCUGGUGACUGACCGGGUGACGGAGACCACGGCCACCAUCUCCUGGGCCCCGGUGCAGGCCGUCAUCGACAGGUACAUGGUGCGCUACACGUCCGCGGACGGAGACACCAGGGAGGUCCCGGUGGGGAAGGAGCAGAGCAGCACCGAGCUGACGGGCCUGAGGCCGGGCGUGGAGUACACGGUGCACGUGUGGGCCCAGAAGGGGGCCCGGGAGAGCAAGAAGGCCGACACCACAGCCCUGACAGAAAUUGACAGCCCCCGAAACCUGGUGACCGACCGGGUGACGGAGACCACGGCCACCAUCUCCUGGGCCCCGGUGCAGGCCGUCAUCGACAGGUACAUGGUGCGCUACACGUCCGCGGACGGAGACACCAGGGAGGUCCCGGUGGGGAAGGAGCAGAGCAGCACCGAGCUGAUGGGCCUGAGGCCGGGCGUGGAGUACACGGUGCACGUGUGGGCCCAGAAGGGGGACCGGGAGAGCAAGAAGGCCGACACCACGGCCCCCACAGACAUCGACCCUCCCAGAAACCUUCGCCCGUCAGCUGUAACACAGUCCGGCGGGGUGUUGGCCUGGACGCCCCCCUCGGCUCCGAUCGAUGGCUUCAUUCUGACCUACCAGUUCCCAGAUGGCACCGCUAAGGAGGUGCGGCUUGGACGAGCGGACCAGAGGUUUGAGUUGCAAGGCCUUGAGCAGGGCGUCGCCUACCCUGUCUCCUUGGUUGCCUUUAAGGGUGAUCGCCGGAGCAGGAGUGUAUCCACCACCCUUUCCACAGUGGGUGCCCGGUUCCCGCACCCUUCGGACUGCAGCCAAGUCCAGCAGAACAGUAACGUCGCCAGUGGCCUGCACACCAUCUACCUGCACGGCGACGCCGGCCGGCCGCUGCAGGUGUAUUGCGACAUGGACACGGAUGGAGGUGGCUGGAUUGUCUUCCAGAGGCGGAACACCGGGCAGCUGGACUUCUUCAAGCGUUGGCGGACCUACGUGGAAGGCUUUGGGGACCCCAUGAAGGAGUUCUGGCUUGGACUCGACCGGCUGCAUAAUCUCACCACGGGCACCCCGACCCGGUACGAGGUGCGAGUGGACCUGCAGACCGCCAACGAGUCGGCCUACGCCGUGUACGACUUCUUCCAGGUGGCCUCCAGCAGGGAGCGCUACAAGCUCAGCGUGGGCAAGUACAGCGGCACGGCAGGGGACGCUCUUACUUACCACAAUGGGUGGAAGUUCACAACUUUCGACAGAGACAACGACAUCGCCCUCAGCAACUGUGCCCUGACGCAUCACGGCGGCUGGUGGUACAAGAACUGCCACCUGGCCAACCCCAAUGGCAGAUACGGGGAGACCAAGCACAGCGAGGGGGUGAACUGGGAGCCGUGGAAAGGACACGAGUUCUCCAUCCCUUAUGUGGAGCUGAAGAUCCGCCCUCGCGGCUACAGCGGGGAGCACGCCCUGGGCAGCGAGAAGCGGACACUGGGAGAACAUUCCAGAACGUUCUGA